AAAAAUACUUGAAUUGUCGGCGGGAACAUGGUCGUGCCCGCGAACUGGACGCGUGCGCUCGAGGUUGCCUUGGUCGAGGCCUUCUGCAAGAUCGCCAAGAGCCCACAGUAUCUCGUGGCGGGUGGUAAGAACCUGAAGGCGACAGGCUGGGCGAUCGUCGUCAAGGACCUGACGCCGAAGGAGGCCACGAUCGCGACGGCUCAGCAGUGUGUGACCAAAUGGAAGAGGCUCAAGACCGACUACACCGACUACCACUUUCUCAUCAACUUGGCGGGCUACGAAGCUGGCUUCGACGACGCGAAGUGGGCGGAGCUCGACAAAGGCCGUCCGAACAAACUGUCGCGCUUUCGCAACGAGCCGUUCCACCACUAUGAUGCGAUGGCCGUAGCACUUGGCGAUACGAUGGCGACGGGCGACGAACUCGGCACGCGCGAAGACGUACUCGGCGCUGCUGAUCCAGACUCGUCGGGCCUCGAAGGUGACGAUGGCGGAGACGCCAGCUCGGAGUCCAGCGAAGAAGCCAGUGACGUCGAGCCAUCCGACCAGCUUAGUCAAGCCCGGAAGCGCGCCAAGGUCCUCCACGAGCUCACGAAGAACAAGCGGAAGAAAACGAAGGAGGAUGUUGCGUCGAAACGCAUGAAGAAGGAGGUUGUCGAAGCCUUGAAGGGCAUCAAUACCUCCUUAGGCCGCCUUGUCGAGCUGUAUGCAGCGCGGGCGCCCGAGACAUUUCCCGACAGCAACUAA